GAGCUGCCGGAAGUAGGCGGCGGAGCUGGUGGCAGAGCAGGCGGCAGCUGCCAGGGAAACCGAGGCGCGGGACGCACGGCCCUUAGACAGGCAGGCCGGGGGGUCGUCUCUGCGCCCGGCACGCAGGAGGCCCGGGCGCCCGCCUCGCCUGGGCUGAGGGUCCCUGCCUGGACCCGGGCCUUUCCCUGAGCCCGCCAGGGGGCGCCGCGCUGAGGGGGCUGCAGAGUGGGGGGCGGGCGCGGCUGACGCGAGGAGGGGCGCAGGGCCGGGGGCGCGGGCUCUCCCCCGCUCAGGAGGUGCCCCUGGGCGGGGGGCCGGGGGUCCUCCCCUCCGGGCUGAGGCAGGGGUUUUUGGGGGCGAGGAGGGCGCGCAGCCCUCUGCCCCCGCCGGCACCCUGGCCAUGACGGGCAAAUCGGUGAAGGACGUGGAUCGGUACCAGGCGGUCCUGGCCAACCUGCUGCUGGAGGAGGAUAACAAGUUCUGUGCGGACUGCCAGUCUAAAGGGCCACGAUGGGCCUCCUGGAACAUCGGUGUGUUCAUCUGCAUUCGAUGUGCGGGAAUCCACAGGAAUCUCGGGGUGCACAUAUCCAGGGUAAAGUCAGUUAACCUCGACCAGUGGACUCAAGAACAGAUCCAGUGCAUGCAAGAGAUGGGGAAUGGAAAGGCAAACCGACUUUAUGAAGCCUACCUGCCUGAGACCUUUCGGCGACCUCAAAUAGACCCAGCUGUCGAGGGAUUUAUUCGAGAUAAAUAUGAGAAGAAGAAAUACAUGGACCGGAGCCUGGACAUCAAUGCCUUUAGGAAAGAAAAAGAUGACAAGUGGAAAAGAGGGAGUGAACCAGCUCCAGAGAAAAAAAUGGAACCUGUUGUUUUUGAGAAAGUUAAAAUGCCACAGAAAAAAGAAGAUCCACAGCUACCUCGGAAAAGUUCCCCGAAAUCCACAGCACCUGUCAUGGAUUUGUUGGGCCUUGAUGCUCCUGUGUCCUGCUCCAUUGCAAAUAGUAAGACCAGUAAUACCCUAGAGAAGGAUUUAGAUCUUUUGGCCUCUGUUCCAUCUCCCUCUUCUUCGGUUUCCAUAAAGGUUGUAGGUUCCAUGCCAACCGCAGGGAGUGCUGGCUCUGUUCCCGAAAACCUGAACCUGUUUCCAGAGCCAGGGAGCAAAUCAGAAGAAACAGGCAAGAAGCAGCUCUCGAAGGACUCCAUCCUGUCACUGUACGGAUCCCAGGCUCCCCAGAUGCCUGCCCAAGCAAUGUUCAUGGCUCCUGCUCAGAUGGCGUACCCCACAGCCUACCCCAGCUUCCCUGGGGUCACACCUCCUAACAGCCUAAUGGGGGGCAUGAUGCCCCCACCAGUAGGCAUGGUGGCUCAGCCAGCAGCUUCUGGGAUGGUUGCCCCCAUGGCCAUGCCUGCAGGCUACAUGGGCGGCAUGCAGGCAACCGUGAUGGGUGUGCCAAACGGAAUGAUGACCACCCAGCAGGCCGGCUACAUGGCAGGCAUGGCAGCUAUGCCUCAGACCAUGUAUGGGGUUCCGCCAGCACAGCAGCUGCAGUGGAACCUUACUCAGAUGACCCAGCAGAUGGCUGGGAUGAACUUCUGUGGCGCCAACGGCAUGCUGAGCUACGGACAGUCCAUGAACGGUGCAAACGGACAGGCAGCAAAUCAGACUCUCAGCCCUCAGAUGUGGAAAUAAACACAGCACACCUGGAUGACUGCCACUCUCCCCAGCACCCCUCCCCAUGUUGCCUCUUUCCCCAACUCCUCCCCCCACCCUCUUCCCCUUUCCUACCUCUCUCUGUUUGGUUUAGAAAUUGCUCAACCCGUCACUUGGGACUUGGCAUUCUGCCCAGCCCAGCCAUGUCCCAAACACUCGGACCUCUCUGUUGCUUCCUGUGUCCCCCAGCCAUCCUGACUCCUUCCCUCGCCUCAGCCCUGGUCCUCUUCUGGCACCAGCACCUUAGGAACUGUUGGCAGAAGGCACUUAGACUGCAGGAUACAUGUGCACACCUUUCCCACAAGGUGAAACCUCCUAUCAGGCACAGAAAGGUCUGUAGAGGGUGUGUUUUAGGCAAAGAGGGGAGGGUUUAGAGGUCCUUCUAUACCUGUUGAUAAGCUAUUUCCAUAUGUUUAAAUUUUGGGGGGAAAGGGAGGCGUCAUGCCCCCCUGAUUUAUGGGAAUGAAGAAAGUAAUGAAAUCAAAUGAAAUACUACUUGGGUCUUAGAGCAGGUUGGCCCUAGCCCUGCGGCGAGGCAAACCCCUUCCUAUGAGGACGUGCAAAAGCAUGAGUCUCCUUUGUCCUGAAUUGCUUUCUGGAUCUGAGGCUUCAGAACUUGCUGCUUGGGCCAGCCUUGAUCAGCACCAAAGGCUCUCCAAAGUCCCGCACAGAAACACACACCACGUUCCCUGCCUCCUUCCUGCCUUCAGUAGGAUCUGGCUUUGUGGCCUCCGGACCAGCCCCUCCGGUGGGAAUGCAGAGCUUAACGUGUGUCGUGCUUAUGCGUACGUGUGGAUUCCACCCCCCACUCCCUCCCCAUCUGCUCUGGGUGUUUUUGUUUUUGUUUUUAGUUUUAGGUUUACAACAGAGAGGAGUUAAUUUAUCAACAGCCUAAACUGUUGCCAGUUUUUCUUCAGUUAAAACAAAUUUACCAUCCCAUUGGUGGCUCCCUUCCUCCUUUCCCCUCUCCGGCCCACCGAUCGCUCUCACCUGCCGGUGUGUCCAGGCUGUCCUGUGUCCCCACCUGUCCAGGUGUAUGAGGCAGAGCACCUGGGCAGCUUUCCUCCCAGUCAUUGUUCACCCCACUUGAAUAUUAAAGCAAGAAGACUUUGCUUAAAAGAUUUCAUCUAUGGGAACCACAACUGGUUGCCUUUCUCCUGUGUAUGUGUAAAUUCCUUAAUAAAUAUUGCAGGGAAGGACCACUCGCUUGCUGUCACUG